CCCCUCCCGUGCCGCACCUUAUCCCUCACCCGCCUCUCUUCUCUCCCUCCUGCCACCGCUCAGAGUGUUCAAAAAUUUCACAGCAGAGAAUUUUCUACGUUCAGAUAAGAAAGGAAGAUGAUGAUGAUGCUAUCUUCCAUGCCUCUCCUCCUCGUCCAGUCUCCUCUCACUUGCUCCCAUCUUCUUCCGCCGAAUCUGUGCACGGCAAGACGGGAAAACCUCGUUCUUGGAGGGAGGAGGGCGGCAAUCAGAGAAGCGACCGCAGGUUUCCUAUCUCAUGUUUCCGGAAGCAGAAAUCUGCCCGGAGUCGACACCGGAAAGCAUGGUUUCAGUAAACCAAGAAUUCUCUGCUUUAGUGGUUCCAAGGGAAGGCCAAACUACGGUUCCUCUGAAAAUGAGUCGAGGCCAGAGUGGCGAAUAUUUAGGAGAUGGGAAGUCCCUUGGAAAUGGCAAACAGUUGUUCUCACCAUGUUUGGGUGUGGAUUGAGUUUUUUUUUUACAGGGUUAGUAGAAGCAUCACUAAUACCAUAUCUUGGUAUUGACAUUGGGAAGCUGAGCCUAGAUGAGAAAGCAGAAAUCUUAUUUGUGGAUCAGUUCAUCGCAACAGCCAUCGUACUUGGAGUGGUAUAUGGAAUCACAAGCACAUUCAAGCCCUUUCCCGAAGAUAUCUUUUGCUACAGACCAAAAGAACCAUUCAACCUACAAAAUGGUUGGAUCCUAUGGGCUGGAAUUGGUCUCUUAGGUGCAGUUGGUGCAAUUGCAGCAAUAGGAGCUGUCCAAGCCUUGUUGAAUGGGGAAAGUCCACAACGAGAGACCGAUGCAUUGGUACGCUUAUUACCAUUGAUUGGCUCGUCAAAUGUCAGCACAGCAUGUUUGUUGGGGAUAACAGGUGUCCUGGCUCCGGUUCUAGAAGAGACUGUAUUUCGAGGAUUCUUGAUGGUCUCCCUAACUAAAUGGUUUCCCACUCCAGUUGCUGUCAUUUCAAGUGCUGCGGUUUUUGCCCUUGCACAUCUGACACCAGGGGAAUUCCCCCAGCUUUUUGUGCUUGGGGUUGCGCUUGGACUAUCUUAUGCUCAAACAAGAAAUCUUCUCACACCCAUCACUAUUCAUGCAUUCUGGAACUCUGGAGUUAUACUGUUGUUGUCCUUUCUUCAGCUCCAAGGGUAUGACAUCAGGGAGUUACUGCAAGCGCCCUAGAAAUGGUACAAUUUUUUGUGUCUAUGAAGCAAUGGUUGAAGCCUGUUCUUGAGCUGCAUUCUUGCUUUGUUCGGACCCUGCAGUCAACCAUAUCUUCUGCUCAUAAAAUCCUCGUCCAGGCAGGAUGUUGCUUGAACUACGAUUUCCUUGCGCAUCUCUCUCUCUCUCUCUCUCUCUCUCCGUAUUUGUAUUAGAGCCGUGGCAUGCUCUGGUAUUCAUUAUUGGCAAAGGUGUUCGGCUGUUUUACUUUAGAAAAUUUUGGAUAAAGCCUAAAUUCUCUUAUUAGGGAAGUCUUUUAACUUCCGUCAACUCCUUUCUCUGGUUUUUUCCGCUUUAGGCAA